AUGGACAGCCCGGGCACCGAGAACCCAGGCAGGGCUGCGGAGUAUUUACAAGAGCUCAACAAGAUCAUCGAGACGCAGCAGGAGUUGCUGGAGAGGCAACGGGCGCGGAUCGAGGAGCUGGAACGGCAAGUGUGCGACUUGUGUACGGAGAACGGCUGCCUGAAGGAGCGUUACCAGCGGCACCUGGCGAGCUGCAGGCUGCUGCAGGGCGCCGACAGCCCGCACUCGCUCGGGGCCAUCCAGGAGCAUAUCACCCAUGACAAGUCUGACGUUGAUGCGUCCAGGAUAGUCAGGAGACAUGCCUCCUUACCUGUCCAAGUCACUCUCCAAGAGACUCCUGGGAGCAUACUGUCUUCUGGCAGCAGUGGAGUUAUCCCAUGUCGCAAGUGGAAGUCUGCAUCAUUCGGUGUGGAAGGGGAUGGACGGUCCAAUGAGAGCGGCCCUUCCCUAGAUGAAGGAGCAGGUUAUGGACCAGGUCCGGUGACUCACGGGUCAGUCAUCAGCCCUGACCGCUUUGACAGCGCCCUCUACAGCCACGGCGUUCAGCCUGGGCCUCAGAGACCCCGGCGACCGAAGCUCCAGCACUCGCAGUCCAUCCUUCGGAAACAAGCAGAGGAGGAGGCCAUCAAGCGCUCCCGCUCGCUAUCAGAGAGCUAUGAGCUCUCUGCUGAUCUUCAGGAUAAACAGGUGGAAAUGCUGGAGCGCAAAUAUGGAGGACGAUUCAUAACCCGGCAUGCGGCUCGCACGAUCCAGACUGCCUUUCGCCAGUAUCAAAUGAACAAGAAUUUUGAACGUCUCAGGAGCUCUAUGUCCGAGAAUCGUAUGUCCAGACGUAUCGUUCUCUCCAACAUGAGGAUGCAGUUAUCAUUCGAGGGUGCCGAGAAAGUGCACAGCUCGUACUUUGAAGGGAGACAGGUGUCCAUGACGGAGGAUGGCGCCCCAAUGUCCAUGUUGCAGACUGAAUGUGGGGAUAUACAGGUCCAUCAGCAGGCUAAUAUGGCAUCUCAUCCACCCACGCAGGGUGAUCUGACAGAUGCCAUCACGGAACUAGAGGACGCCUUCUCCAGGCAGGUCAAAUCCCUGGCCGAGUCCAUAGACGAUGCACUGAACUGCCGCAGCCUUCAGGGGGAUGAAGGUCCAGACCCUGAGGUGGAGAGAGAGGUUCCUUAUCAAGUGAAGCCUCACCGAAGGGCAGCUGGACACAUUCAGGAUGACGCCAUGGCAUCUUAUAGCGACGUCACACUGUUCAUCGACGAGGACGACAUGUCACCUCCCAUUGCUCUAUCGAGGUCGGGAGAACACCCCCCUGGUAUUGAAUCGGACAUGCGCUUGCGAUCAUUCAACUCCUCCCAGGACUACUGGCCUAUUGACCCUAAAGAUGAAGGUCGGGAUACGGAUACGAGCUGCCGCAGCACUCCUUCUCUUGAGUGCCAAGAGCAACGUCUGAGAAUGGACCAUCUUCCUUUGUUGACAAUAGAACCUCCUAGCGACAGUUCUGCAGAGCUCAGCGAUCGUUCCGAACGGGGCUCGGUCAAAAGGCCGCCUGUGUACGAAACGCACGGCCAUAUCGUAACGUCAUCCCAGGCAAGCCCCAAACAUAUUUCCCAUGGACCCCCGCCACGAGCACCGUCCCGUGAUGAGGAUGCUCCUCUACGUCACCGCCACCGCCAGCUGGAGAGCCACCUAGCUAUCAACGGCUCAGCUAACCGGCAGAGCAAAUCGGAGUCCGACUUUUCGGAUGGGGACAAUGACAGCGUCAACAGCACAUCUAACUCAAACGACACUAUUAACUGUAGUUCUGAGUCCUCGUCGAGGGACAGCCUACGAGAGCAGACGCUGAGCAAGCAAACUUACCACAAAGAGACACGAAACAGCUGGGAUUCGCCCAUCUUUAGCAACGAUGUGAUUCGUAAGAGACAUUAUCGUAUUGGCCUGAAUCUCUUCAACAAGAAGCCAGAGAAGGGAAUCCAGUACUUGACUGAGAGGGGCUUCAUUCCUGACACACCAGUUGGUGUUGCUCACUUCUUGCUGCAAAGAAAAGGCCUGAGUCGGCAGAUGAUUGGAGAAUUCCUAGGAAAUCGACAGAAACAGUUCAACAGGGAUGUUUUGGACUGUGUGGUAGAUGAAAUGGACUUUCAGAGCAUGGAGUUGGAUGAAGCCCUCAGGAAAUUUCAGAACCACAUCCGUGUCCAGGGAGAGGCCCAGAAGGUGGAGCGACUCAUUGAAGCUUUCAGCCAGCGAUACUGCAUCUGCAACCCUACAGUGGUGCGGCAAUUUCGGAACCCUGACACGAUCUUCAUCCUGGCUUUCGCCAUUAUCCUCCUCAACACAGACAUGUACAGCCCCAACGUCAAACCCGAGAGGAAGAUGAAGCUGGAAGAUUUCAUCAAAAAUUUAAGAGGUGUGGAUGAUGGUGAGGAUAUUCCCAGGGAGACUCUGGUUGGAAUCUAUGAGAGGAUCCGUAAGCGGGAGCUGAAGACCAAUGAAGACCAUGUCUCGCAGGUCCAGAAGGUUGAGAAGCUCAUCGUUGGGAAGAAACCAAUUGGAUCACUCCAUCAUGGCCUGGGAUGUGUUCUAUCGCUGCCCCAUCGCCGCUUGGUGUGUUACUGCCGCCUCUUUGAAGUGCCAGAUCCAAACAAGCUUCAGAAAUUGGGCCUGCAUCAGCGGGAGAUCUUCCUGUUCAAUGAUCUCCUUGUGGUCACAAAGAUUUUUCAGAAGAAGAAGAAUUCCGUGACGUACAGCUUCAGACAGUCCUUCUCUCUCUAUGGAAUGCAAGUUAUGCUGUUUGAAAACCAGUAUUACCCAAAUGGAAUCAGACUUACGUCAGCCAUCCCAGGUGCGGACAUCAAAGUCCUUAUCAACUUUAAUGCGCCCAACCCGCAAGACCGCAAAAAGUUCACAGAUGACCUGCGAGAGUCUAUCGCUGAGGUUCAGGAAAUGGAGAAAUACAGGAUAGAAUCCGAGCUUGAGAAGCAGAAAGGGGUUGUUAGGCCCAGCAUGUCGCAGAGCUCCGGCUUGAAAAAAGAGGCUGGUAACGGUAGCAUGAACCGUGCAAGUCUGGAUGACACCUACGCCAUGGGCGAAGGCCUGAAGAGGAGUGCCCUCAGCAGCUCCCUGCGAGAUCUCUCCGAAGCAGGCAAGCGGGGGCGUCGCAGCAGUGCAGGAUCACUAGACAGCAAUAUGGAAGGGUCCAUCAUUAGCAGCCCGCACACACGCCGAAGAGCCGCCACCCCGCGUGAGGGCGCACCCCGCGAGCAUCCUUCUCUCCCUAACUCUGCCUCCACCUCCAUCCUCGGGUCGCUGUUUGGCAGCAAGAGGGGCAAACCGUCCUCGCAGAGCCACUCUCCUUACCCGCCGCCAGGCCACCCCACGCUCAUAUCCCACAAGCCUCACCCGACCAACCUGCACCACACGGCACAGGCGGUACACGGCGCGCAGGCGCCGCACCACGGCCACCACCCGCAGUACUGCCAAGUCCCUCAGAACCCGCCACCUUAUCACCACCAUCACCACUACCACCCGCCGCCCCACACGCAGUACCACAAGCACCCCGCCUACUCCUCACACGCGCAUCAGCACAGCCACUACAGCCAGCAUUCCCAUCACACCUCCCAUUCCCAGCACGCCCCGCAUCCCCACAGUACCCAGCAAGCAGGAACGGCACCCGGAGGACCCAAAAAACACAGUGGCAUCAGCACCGUAGUGUGA